CUUCUCGCAAACCAAAAUCAAAUCUUUUAUUCUGUGCCUGACUGUGACGGGAUGAUGUUGUCCACCUUCGCUGUGCUGAUUUUAGCUUUGGUUACGUCAGAAUCUGCUUUAGUCCGACCUGUAGUGACCUUCGAUCCCCCAUGGAGACGAAUAAUAACUUCGGACACAGUGACUAUAGCAUGUGACAUCGGUACUACGGCACAGGAGAAUGAAACGUUUUAUUGGUACAGAGAUGAGAAACUGAUGGACAUCCAUCAGCAGAACUUCACCGUCCCAUCAGCCUCCGCCGUGUAUAAUGGUGGAGAUUACCAGUGCCGGACCAGCACCAGUGAUAUCAGUGACCCCGUCUACCUGGAUGUUCGUUAUACCUAUGUCCUUCUGCAGAAGCCCCCCAGCAUUUAUGAAGGGGACCCCCUGACUCUGAGGUGUUACAGCCCCCCAGGAUUGAAUGGAACAAACACAACCUUCUAUAAGGAUGGUGAAGAGAUACAAUUCUCAGUGGAUAACUCGGAGCUCCAUUCUGAUAAAGUAGAGAGAAGUGCGACUGGGACAUACAGAUGUACGAAAACCGUCCAAUUUGGGGAGUUCCGAAACAGCUCUUCUGAGACCUACGUCUAUGUGAGAGUAGGAGAUGAGGUCAAGCCCUUGGUGACCUUCACGCCAAACUGGAGGACGGUGAUGGCCAUGGACUCGGUGACUCUCAUAUGUAACGUGGGAUCUCCGGAACAAGAGAAGGAGACCUUUUACUGGUAUAGAGAUGACAAACCCAUCAUCAAUCAGAACCAACAGAACUUUACCAUCCAGUCAGCUAAUUGGAGAUAUGACCGAGGAUAUUACCAGUGCCGGACCAGUACCAGCGAUAUCAGCCAACCCGUAACGCUGAACAUUAAAAUAAGGGAUCUCAUCUUACAGAGGCCCACCUCCGUAUAUGAAGGACACCCCUUGACCCUCAGAUGUCUGAGCAGAUCUUCAUUUAUUGUAAUGAACACCACAUUUUACAAGGAUGACGAAAUGAUCAAAUUCUCCACUUCUGACACGGAGCUCCAUAUCAUGAAGGUGGACAGAAGCGUCACCGGGACAUACAAAUGCGUUCAACGAUUACAGUCAAAGCUCUCUGGGCAGAAUGGAACCCCCAUAUCUUACAAAACAUUGUCAGAUAUAUCUUAUAUAACUGUGAGAGCCGUAGUCCGACCCGUGGUGACCUUCACACCCAACUGGAGAAAUCUAUUGUCUGGGGACUCGGUGACUGUAACGUGUGACGUGGGAUCUGCCGCACAAAAUUACCAGACCUAUUACUGGUACAAAGAUGAGAAAGUGCUGAAUGUCACUCUGAGGGAUUUCACCAUUCCGUCAGCAUCCCAGAAAGAUGGCGGAGAGUACAAGUGCCGCACCAAAUCCAGCGACAUGAGUCAUCCCGCUAGGCUGGAAGUCAGCGAUGCUGAAGUCAUCUUACAGCAAGACGCGUCUUCCGCGUAUGAAGGAACCCCCCUGACUCUGAGAUGUCACAGCCGCUCCCAAUACAGCCAGCUCUACACAGCCUUCUACAAGGAUGACAAAGAGAUACGAUCCUUUGCCAGAGACUCUACGCUACGUAUCGAGAAGUUAGACCGACAAGCCACCGGGAACUACGAAUGUUCACAGGUCCUGGAGGAUCAUCAUGGAAUCUUCCAGGAUGAUUCUGCACAGAUCUAUAUUUAUGUAAAAGAGCUCACUGAUGUCACAGGCAAGGCUUCUUCAGGAACUUCAGGAUCAAACAGUGGUCAAGGUUGAGUUGACCUCCACUAUAAUUGCAAAGGUAUCUCCUGUGCAUUAAUCCCCAUCAUUUGUACAAAGGACUGAGCUUUGACAUCAAGCAUCUUCAUGAGAGCCUCUUCUGUUUUACCAAGGACCAGUGGUCAAGACUCAUUUGACAUACACUAUAAUUGCAACGGUAUCUCCUGGUCAUGAAUGGCCAUCAUAGGUACAAAGGACUGAGCUUUGACAUCAGACAUAUUUAUGAGAAUCUCUUCUUCUUUUUCCAAAAACCAAAGAGUAGUCAAGCCUGAGUUGACCUCCUCCAUAAUCACAAAGGUAUCCCCAGCCCAUAAAUGGCCAUCAUAUCUUCAUGAAAAUUUCUUCUUUACCAAGGACCAAAGAGUGGGUAAGCCUGAGUUGACUUCCACCAUAAUUACAAAGGUAUUUCAUGUUCCAUAAUGGCCAUCGUAUCUACAAAAGACUGAGCUUCGACACGAGACAUAUUUAGGAUAACUGCUUCUUCUUCUUUACCAAGGAGUUCAAACAUUGGUCAAGGCUGAGUUGACCUCCACUAUAAUUGCAAACGCCUCUCCUGCUCAUUAAUGGCCAUCAUAUGUACAAAGGUCAAAGCUCCAAUGUCAGACAUCUUCGUGAGAACCUCUUCUUAGCCCUUGACAUCCAAGUGAAAACUAUACUGACUGAGGAGGUUCUCAUGAAGAUGUCUGCUGUCAGAGCUCAGUCCUUUGUACACCGACCUACCCGACCAGUCCAAGCCUUACCCAGAUUAGACCCGAAAUUCCUCCAUUUGUGAAACAAGCGGCAUUGGCAGAGGGAAAAGUCAAAACUUUAUUUCAGAAAAACUCAAUAAAAUAUAUAAUACACCUCCAAC